UCCAUUUUCCUUCUUUAGCCUCCACCUCCUUUUCCACCACCAUCUCUUUUGCACUUUCCUUCUCCUCUCUCUCUCUCUCUCUGGAGACGACCCGCAACACAUGGCCUGCGACGACGAGGCUGAGUGGCUGACCAUCGCCAUGACGGACGACUCCACGGUGGCGGAGCUCCUCAUCCGGAUCCGCCGCGGGGACGCGCCUCCUCACGCGGCCGCCGCGCGCGCUCUGAAGCUCGACUGGACCGUGCGUCAGCGUAGGUCGUCCAACUCCAAGCCCGCGCCGAAGGACCCCGGGCGGAAGAAGGGCGGCGGCGAGCCAGCUCGAGCGAGCCCGACGACUCCCCUCUCCUGGAGCGGUGCCACCUCCACCAGCGGCGGCGGCGGUGGAGGAGGAGGCGACGAAGAGUGUAGCGUCCCCGUCGUCAAGUCACCGGAGAAGGCAAGAUCUAAGACCAUCAAUGGGAGCACGACCACGAGCGCUGGCACACCCAGCAAGAGACCGAGAAAGAAAAAGACACUGGCUGAACUGAGGGAGGAGGAGAACAAGCUCUUGAAGGAAAGAAGAAGACUAAGAUGGGGAUUGGAAAACUUGCGUCUUGUCGUUGAGAAGCAAAGACUUGCGAACCAAAGCUUGAAGAAGAUGAAGCUUGAUGUGCAAUGUAAGCAGGAAGCCAAGAUGACUCCCCAAGUGCAACCACAGAAUGCCGGUUCCGGUUCCCCGUGCAGGAGCACAUCAAAACUAUGCAAGGUCGAAACUUGUGAAAGAAUCUUUGAGCUACCUGAUCUCAAUUUGCCAGUGGAAGAUUCCGGCUGAGACUUCCACUUGCAACGUGCUGAGAGUUCCAAGCAAUCACGUAGCAGGGAGUUCACUGAGGGUCGGGUCGGAUCGUGUCCCUGAUUGGAGAGUCCCGAUUGUGUUGUAGGAUGAAUCCUGUAACAAACUAUGACAAGGGUUUGACAGUUCCAGGUCCAUUUUUAACCUUUCUAAUUGCAUGUAAGUAAAUUUUAAUCAAGCAAGUUAGGGGGAGUGGUUUAUAAAUGUUAACAUGUCAAGGUCGGUUUUUUUUCAAGUUUUCGUAAUACGAAGGGAGAGUAUUCCUUGAU